CCACGCCCCCAUGAGGCCCCGCCCCGCGCAGCGGCCCCGAGCAUGGUGGUGCUGAAGGGCGUCCCGGCGCUGCUGUCGCCCGAGUUGCUCUACGCCCUGGCGCGGAUGGGGCACGGAGACGAAAUCGUUCUUGCAGACGUGAACUUCCCCACCUCGUCCAUCUGCAGGGGCGGCCCGGAGGAGAUCCGCGCCGACGGCCUGGGCAUCCCGCAGCUCCUGGAGGCCGUGCUGAGGCUGCUUCCUCUGGACACAUACGUGGAGAGUCCGGCUGUUGUCAUGGAGCUGGUACCCAGUGACAGGGAGAGGGGCCUCCAGACCCCAGUGUGGAAGAAUUACCAGUCUAUCCUCUCCGGAGCCCAUGGCACGACCGCUCUGGCAACGAUCGAGAGGUUUGAGUUUUAUCAGAGGGCCAAAAAGGCUUUUGCUGUGGUAGCGACGGGGGUUGGCAGCAGAGCCAGGAACUGGGCAUCCUGGCCCUCUCUGGCACAGCUUGGUGCCCAUCUCAACUCCUUAUGCAGGGAGACGGCCCUCUACGGAAACCUCAUCCUCAAGAAGGGCGUGCUGGCCCCCUGUGACCUGGUCUAGGCCAAGUGGACUAUGCACCCAAGCACCCAGACCUCACCCAGCCCGGAGCUCCCGGGGCCCCUGUUCACCAAGGCUGGGAGUUUCACAAUUUAUAAAAAUGAUGGAAAAGCA